CCAGUAAGGCUACAGCUGCAGACAGGAGCACAUCCAUGUGUUGUCGCCCUAGCAUCCACUGCCAGUUUGCUUGUCAACAUGCCCCGUCUAUCCAAGAAAUCCCAUAGAUACUGUGAGAGAGCUUUAAUAAGUGCCAGAAGACGACAACAAAGAUACAGCAUGGGGGGGAGUCACAGGCGAGGAGUGCGCAUCCUCCUCCUAGGGGAUGCUGGCGUGGGGAAGACGUCACUUAUCCUCUCGCUAGUGUCAGAGGAAUUCCCCGAGCAAGUACCCCCACGUGCUGAGGAAAUCACCAUCCCACCUGAUGUCACGCCUGAGAAGGUUCCCACACACAUUGUGGAUUAUUCAGAGAGAGAACAAAAUGUGGAACAGCUGCGUGCAGAGAUUAACCGAUCAGAUGUCAUCUGCAUUGUGUACAGUGUAGAAGAUGAGGAUACCUUAGACAGAGUUACGGGUCACUGGCUGCCCCUUAUCAGGUCAACACUAGGUCAGCAGCACCAGACACCAGUUAUCUUAGUUGGAAACAAGGUUGACCUGGUGGAUUAUUCAACAAUGGAAAUUGUGUUACAAACUAUGAUGGAAUAUCCAGAAAUUGAAACCUGUGUAGAGUGUUCUGCAAGAACUUUGAAAAACAUAUCAGAGAUGUUUUACUAUGCUCAGAAGGCAGUGUUACACCCUACAGCACCAUUGUACAUUUUAUCUGUGACACAGACAACGACAAUCUCCUUAACGACCAGGAACUAAAUGCUUUUCAGCGGAGGUGUUUCAAUGCGCCACUUAACCCCCAGGCCCUAGAAGAGCUCAAGACAGUUGUCCGGCGCAAUGUGUCUGACGGUGUCCACAGUGACUCGCUCACUUUGCGGGGCUUCCUCUUCCUGCACCGCCUCUUUAUCCAGAGAGGACGCCAUGAGACUACCUGGACUGUCUUGCGGAGAUUUGGUUAUAAUGACAACCUACAGCUCACCAAGGACUACCUCUUCCCACCCAGUCUCCGUGUGCCACCAGGAUGCAGCACGGAGCUCAACCAUGCCGGCUACUCAUUCCUCAGUAACCUCUUUGAAAAAUACGAUCGGGACAAUGAUGGGGCCCUUAGCCCACAGGAACUCAUUGACCUCUUCUCUACCUGUCCCAUCAUGCCAUGGGGUCCUGAUGUGCUAAAUUCAGUUCAUACAAAUGAGAAGGGAUGGAUUACGUUACAAGGAUACCUGGCGCAGUGGACAUUGUGGACUCUACUUGAUGUUCAAAGGACACUAGAGUACUUUGCUUACCUUGGAUAUUCCGGGACAGGAGAUGACAACCAGCUGUCUGCCAUCACAGUAACACGAGAGAAGCGGAUAGAUCUCCAGAAGAAGCAGACUAUGCGAAAUGUCUACCAGUGCCAUGUAAUUGGGCCCCGUGAUAGUGGCAAGACAACGUUCUGUCAGGGCCUCCUUGGAAGAUCUUUAGAGGAAGUACAAGAAAUCCCAGAAGAGAAGUUGUCACGCCACACCAUUAGUACGUUACAAGUUUAUGGGCAAGAGAAAUACCUCGUCUUACAUGAUAUUGAUGUUCACAACAUCACAGAUGCCCUAAUGCCCAAUGAGGUGCAGUGUGAUGUUGCCUGCCUGGUGUAUGAUGUCUCGAAUCCAAAAGCUUUUGAAUACGUCGCUAGAAUAUAUCUAAAAUACUUUAGCGAGUCGUCCAUCCCAGUAUUGUUUGUAGCCAACAAGAGUGACAUGUCCCCUGUGCGGCAGGACUAUAUACUCCAACCCACAGCCUUCUGCCACAAGCACAAGCUUCCUCCUCCCCACAUUUUCUCCUCUGCCAGUCAACCCAAGAAGGACAUAUACACCAAAUUGGCUACCAUGGCUGCAUACCCUCGAUUUCAAGCUGCUUGGAUGCUCUUUUACCGAAGCAGCACUCUUCGUCGUUUAGUUCACAUGCUUCUUUUGCGUCCAGAUCCUUCUUAUGUGGCAAGACAUCUGAAGCAGCUGGGUGUGGUGGUUGGUGAGCACAGCACUUGGCUCAAGGUUGGCCUGGGCGUAGCUGCCAUUGCUGCCUUUGCGCUCCUCCUUGCUAGGGCUCUCAGGUCAGGAGAGAGAUAGUCGCCCGAGGCCCAGCAUGCUAGUCCUUUGUAGUGUAAACAAAAAGAGAAAACUGGUUGGGAUAAGUAUCAGUUGUAUAAAAGGACAGAUACAGAUAGAGGGUGAGACACAGGGGUGGGAGGAUAUGGAAGGGAAGGGGAAGGACAUCUUUCUUUCCUUAUGCAGCUGCAACAUCUUGCAUAAGACUAGUUCUUACAGGUAUUAACAUUAUGGUAGGUGCAAGAAUGCAUUAUAAUUUAUAUGCUAUUGUAUGAUAAGGGGAUAUUUUUUUAGAAAUGUGUUUUGGUAUUCAAGAACUAAUGGAUUCACAAUUCUUGCUUGUCAUGAAAGAUGUGCCUGGAAAUUGGCAGUUGCAGUGGAUUACUCAUGUAAUGAGGAUUGGUCUUGAAAUUAAAUGUGAUUUAUAAAUCUACUUUUACACUUAUAUAUAUAUAUGUGGUGUGUGUACUUUUUCAAUCAUGCCAAAACUUUCAUUGUGUAUAUGUAAUUUACACAAAUGUAAAUAAAAGCAGAAUAUAUUAGUUUUAUGUAAUUUCCCAACCUGUAAAUUAGACAAAAACAAAACAAAAAAAACAUUAUUGGUGACUUAAAUCUGGCAUACCUAUAUUUAUUAAAUUCCCAGUUUAUCACUAAAAGUUGCACAAGAAAUAGUGGGCCGCAUAUUUGUCAAAGGCCAUUCAUUUUCAAUACUUGUAAAGUCUUGUGCAGCAGUUGGAGGUUUUGUGAAGUACAGUUACCUUUUCAGAAGGAAAUCCUCACAAUUGUUUGUAUUAAACACACAGAUGCAAAGGGUUAUGAUUUUCAAAGCAACUUGGGAUAUUUAAAAAUCUGUAAAGUUGGUACAAGAAUGGUGCACCCCCUCCCCCUUCCCUUCAUCUUCCAUGUUUUUGGAACAUUGCAGCAAGGUAUAAAACGAAAAUAGAAUCAUGUAUAAUCAUCUCUAUUGUUGAUUGGUAUAGAUACAUCACUGCAUCACAAUUGUUUGUACAAAACCAUUUUUCUAUCCCAAGGUCACACUAAAAGAAACAGGAGCCUGUAUCAUAUUGGACAUAAUUUGCUUGCAUUCCAACAGUUAGGCUAAUUGCAAGGAAAGUUAAUUUACCUUGAAUAUUAUUUUUUUUAAAUAAUGAGGAGGUAGCAAGUGCUUCAACUUAAUCUUUACUUUCACAUUAUAAAAAAGGGAAAGGAUAAUUCAUAUCUCCAUUUCUUGGAUAAAUCCACAAAUUUAUAGUCAAAGGAUUUUUUUUUUAUUAUUAUUAUGCAUAUCCAGGUCCAAAUGUUAAACCCAUCAUUGUUAAGCAAGAUUUAGAGAAAAACAAUAAGACAUUGAAUAUGUACAGUUUUCAAAUAUGCAACCAUUUGUAAAUUCCAUAUAAUAAAGUUAUCACCAAUUUAACUCUUGUAUUUUAACCUCUAAGUACUUCCUUGAAAAGUAAAUUCUCACAGUUCAUAUCUACACUGAUGUAACAUGUACAUAGAUACCUACACCAUACAAACUUCAUAUGAAUAUUCAAUGCACCAUAAAUAUAUGAUGAAUUGUGUGUGCUUUUAUGAUGAACAAAAACUAGAAUAAUGGUAAAAAUAGUUUAUUACUUAAUAUCCAUUAAUGACUCAGUGGAGGAAAUAUAUUUGUAGGAACAGGUACAUAAGGGAGGGGGGAGGAAAAUAUACAGUAUACCUAAAAAUAAACACUUCCCGGGAAGAUAGAUUCUCUUGUCCGAGGAUAUCUUUUCUUGACUGUUAGAUCACUGAGAAGGUUC